GAGUCUCCCAAUACAUAUGAGCUGUGUGUACUACACGUCAUAUCUCCAAUGUAAGGUGAACUUUGCUUUCCAGACAUGCAGCUCAUCCUUCCCUCCUCCCCUUUCUCAUGAUGCAGAGGAAAUCCAGUCUGCAAUCCGCAUCAGUCACUGGGGGCACCUGUGCAACCAGGCAACUGCCACAAUAGCAAAAGCUGCUCGGCCGAGGAAUUGGGAGCUGCCAGUCGGGGAGUGGGGAAAGGUCGCACGAUGGACGCUCACCUGCUGCAUCUGCUGCUGCUGCGAUUGGGAGCGGAAUGAGCGCGUCUGGGAGCUGUCCUUUCAGCACUCGAGCUCUCCGCGUCGGUUUCAUUCCUUCUGUUGUUUGUAGCGCAGACAACAAGGUCUUUCCCAACAGCAACAUCGGGAAUCCUCGUCGCACCGACAUGGGAAGCGCCUUUGGAAGUUGGGCUGCUGGAUUCCGUGGCGUUUCUUCUAAACUUCAAGCGAUAGUAGCAGGUCGGUAGAAGCAGACAGACAGGGUGAGACCUCAGCAUGACAGAGAAGAUCCUCAUGGGUUUGACCGACACUGGCUUUGAGGAUACCGAGAUCAGUAUCAAUGUUGGGGGUUAUAAAAAGAGACUACCUUACGACACUUUGCUGAGAUUUCCAGAGACUAGACUUUGCAAGCUCUUAGCCUGUCGCUCCAAGGAAUCUAUCCUGGAACUGUGCGAUGAUUAUGAUGAUGCAAAGAACGAGUUUUACUUUGACAGGAACCCAGAAUUGUUCCCCUACGUGCUGCAUUUCUACAAUACUGGCAAACUCCAUGUCAUGGGGGAGCUUUGCGUCUUCUCCUUCUGUCAAGAGAUCGAGUACUGGGGGAUCAAUGAAUUCUUCAUAGACUCCUGCUGUAGCUACAGUUAUCAUGGGAGGAAAGUGGAACCUGAGCAAGACCAGUGGGAAGAAAACAGUGAGAGGGAAAGCACCACAUCUUCCUUUGAUGAGAUCUUGGCAUUUUACCAUGAUGCUGCCAAGUUUGACAGACAGCCACUGGGGUACAUUAGGAGAAGACUUUGGUUGGCUUUAGAUAACCCUGGCUACUCCAUCCUGAGCAGAAUAUUUAGCAUCCUUUCCAUUUUGAUAGUCCUUGGAUCUAUUGUGACCAUGUGCCUCAACAGCUUGCCAGAAUUCCAGGUGGCCAAUUCCAAUGGCAGUGUAGAAGAAGACCCUCAGUUUGAGAUAGUGGAACAUUUUGGCAUAGCUUGGUUCACCCUUGAACUGGUGGUGCGCUUUGCAGUCUCCCCUGACCUGAGCCUGUUCUUCAAACACCCACUGAACAUUAUAGACUUAAUAUCUAUAGCUCCAUUUUACAUAACUUUGAUAGUCAAUAUGGUGGUUGAGAGCAGCCCAACUCUUGUGAAUCUAGGAAAAGUGGCCCAAGUACUCAGACUUAUGAGGAUCUUUCGCAUCCUGAAACUUGCCAGACAUUCUACCGGCCUGAGGUCUCUAGGGGCCACAUUAAAGUACAGUUACAGGGAAGUGGGACUGCUGCUGCUCUAUCUGUCUGUUGGGAUUUCAGUAUUUUCAGUUGUGGCUUACACUAUAGAAAAAGAAGAAAACGAUGGGCUGGCCACCAUUCCAGCCUGCUGGUGGUGGGCCACAGUAAGCAUGACUACAGUAGGGUAUGGAGAUGUCGUGCCAGGUUCUAUCGCUGGCAAACUAACUGCCUCAGCUUGUAUAUUGGCUGGUAUCUUGGUUGUUGUCCUCCCCAUCACCUUAAUAUUCAAUAAGUUCUCUCAUUUUUAUCGAAGGCAAAAACAACUGGAGAAUGCAAUGAGGAGCUGUGAUUUUGGGGAUGGGGUAAAAGAGGUGCCAUCUGUAAACUUAAGAGAUUACUAUGCUCAUAAAGUAAAAUCUCUCAUGGCAAGCCUCACAAAUAUGAGUAAGAGUACUCCGAGCGAACAAAGUCUCACUGACUCCAUUCAUUAGUCCAGAUUAAAGGCAGUGUCUUCAGUAUGUCCAGAGGCAACGAACCCUGCAAUGAUAAUGAUGUGUCUGUAAGUAAGUGUUGCCCCCUCACUCUCUAAUUGCUCUGUUGUGAGUUCACUGUCUGAAACAGAGUCAUUGGUGGAGAAUAAUGAAGGGAGGCUUAGACCCCCCUCCCCCCAAAAAAAAGACCAACUACAAUAUGUUCAUAUAUACAAAUUUAUGUUCUCCGAUGGCAAGCCUUUAAAUGGUAGCCCACCAUUACAAAGCCUAGACAAAGCCUUGAGCAUUGAACGCAUGAAUAGACAAGGUAAUAAAAAGCAAAGAAAAACACAGUGAUUAAAAGGAUCAGUAACACCAACAAUAAUGAAACAUUAAGAAAUAUCUAUAAAUCAUGAUUUUUUUUUUCAAAUUUAAGAAUACAUUAAGUUUAACCCUUUUGACACUUUAAACUUGCCACAACACAUGGUGCCAGACAUAGAUAAAA